CCGCCGCUCGCUGGGUGACGUCAUUUAUAGUUGACAAAAGUAAAGGCUAGCUAGCAUUCAGACGUCUUCGCAGCCUUCUUUGUGUUUAACAUUUUGACUUUUACUUAAAUCAAUGCCAAAGGUUAAAAGGAGCCGAAAACCCCCUCCAGAUGGAUGGGAACUAAUUGAACCCACUUUGGAUGAACUUGACCAGAAAAUGAGAGAAGCGGAAACAGAGCCACAUGAAGGCAAGCGAAAAGUUGAGUCACUCUGGCCAAUAUUCCGGCUUCAUCACCAGCGAAGCCGUUAUAUUUUCGACUUGUUCUACAAACGAAAGGCCAUAAGCAGAGAGUUGUACGAAUAUUGCAUUAAGGAAGGAUAUGCAGACAAGAACCUCAUUGCGAAAUGGAAGAAGCAGGGCUAUGAGAAUUUGUGUUGCCUGCGGUGCAUUCAGACCCGAGACACGAACUUCGGAACAAAUUGCAUCUGCAGAGUUCCGAAAAGCAAGCUUGAAGUGGGAAGGAUUAUCGAGUGCACCCACUGUGGAUGCAGGGGAUGUUCUGGUUGAAUUUUGUACUUUUUGAAGAAGAAAAAAAAAAAAAAGAAACGGAACUCAUAAUACACCUCCACGCUUUGGAGAUGCCCUGACCGUACACUCUACCAUUCCAAAUCUCUAGCUUACGCUGAGAUGGUCAUAUGGGCAUUUUAAUCUCCAUUUGAGUGUGGAUGCUGUUAAACUCAUUGCUGUAUACCUUGUGUGUGCUUUUUAUUUUAAAUAAAAUGACUUCUAUAAACAUGCUUUUUGUUUAAAAGAAAAUGGAAGGUUGAUUCUGCAUGAAAUUGGAGCUAGGUAUAUAAGUACAUAAUGUUUAGAGUCUCAAUACUGGUGACGUUGUGCAUUCAGCCAUGGAAAAUUGAUUUAUUUGUUCAAAUAGGUCAUCAUGACAACUGAGGAGCAACAGCUUCCAGUUUACAAUUGUAUUGAUUUUCUUCAUAUGGCAUCAUGUACUGGACAAAAAAAGCCUCAAAAUAUUAAAUGAUCCCCACGUGUCUAAAUUAUCUGCAAAUGAAAUGAGAAAUGUGAAGUACCCUUGUUUUAGAGGAAUGAACAAGGGCUCUUCAUGAACUGUUACAGUGUUAAUUCUCCUUGAUUUGUUUUUGCAAAUGACAAAAUGCAGGAUCAUCAGCAUGAUGAGAAUCAACACAAUGGGCAUUAGGAGGUUGUAGCGUUUUGAAUUUUAUAUUAAAUAAAUGUGAUUUGGGGAUUUAAAUGAA